AUUGUAACGGGCACAAUCUAGGACAUAACUAUGGUUCUCCUCUUAGCCGGACACUCUCGGGCUUCAGCGCUGGCGCGGCGCAGAAACUGUCUUGAUGGGCGACGACGCCUGGCCCCGGUUUGCGCUUCGGUGACCACGCCACACAGUGGCUAUCACUUUGACGGGACUCCGCGGAGAUUUUUCGAGGGGUGGUACUGGAAGGUCCAGCUCCCCGAGACCGGCCAAUCGUUUGCGCUCAUCUACUCAAUCGAGGACCCGCUUGGCAACACGCCGCAGGCGGGCGUGGGGCUGCAGGUGAUGGGUCCCGACGAUGGCUACAUCUGCCAGUUUACACCGAACGUGACCGGCUUCUGGGCCGAGCGCAACCGCCUGGCCCUGGGGGCCACCUUCAAACCCGCCAACACCACCGCCAGCAGCCCCUCCAGCACCACCAGCAGCGGCAGCAGCUGGUCAUCGGGCAGCAGUGGCAGCAGCAGGAGCGGCACCGCGGCCGGCGGGCCGCGGCGGCUGCUGCCCGCGGACUCGUUCUUUGCGCAGGUGGAGCAGGGCUUUCAGGCCAGCGACUCGACGCAGCAGGGCCGCAUGGUGGCGCUGGAGAGCGGCGCGGCGGGCCCGCCGCUGUCCACGGUGCCCAACGCGUCGUGGAGCCUGACCAUCAAACCCAAGGCGGGCUGGGGCUCCACCUCCGGCCCCACCCAGAAGGCCACCGCGGGCUGGCUGUCCGUUCUGCCCAUCUUCGAGCCGCAUUGGCAGGUGAUGAUGGCGCACGGCGAGGCCAGCGGCUGGCUGCAGUGGGGUGGACAGAGGUAUGAGUUCCAGGACGCACCCGCCUACGCGGAGAAGAACUGGGGCGGCGGCUUUCCCUCCAAGUGGCACUGGAUCCAGUGCAACUCGUUCGACGGGCAGCCGGGCCUCAGCGUGACGGCGGUGGGCGCGCGGCGUGCGCUGCUGCUGGGUCUGCAGGGCGUGGAGGAGGACGUGGGGCUCAUCGGCGUGCACCUGCCGGGAGGCGAGUUCGUGGAGCUGGUGCCCUGGAACAGCGAGCUGGAGUGGGACGUGGACCCCUGGGGCCGCUGGUGGCUACGUGCCGUGAACGACCGCUAUGAGGCGCUGGUGGAGGCCACGUGCGCGCCCGAGGCCGGGGCCGUGCUCAGGGCUCCCACCACGUCCAUGGGCCUGGCGCCCUUCUGCAAGGACACCUUCUUCGGCCAGUGCCGGCUGCGGCUGUGGCGGCGGGCGGGAGGCACGAAGCAGGGACAGCCACUGGUAGACGCAACCAGCAGCACAGCUGCGCUGGAGGUGGGCGGCGGCCCCUGGUGGAGUGCCUGGCGCGCGCGGGCGGAGAUGAAGGAGCCGUUCCGCAGCCUGGUGACGUUGCCGCUGGACGUGGCGGGGCUGGGACAGCUGGUGCCGGAGCCGCUGAGGCCGCCGGGGCUGUGAGGGGGGAGCGCGUUGCGGGGGCCUAAGGACUGAGGGGGCUGUAGAUACCAGCCCAAACUACACCGAACCCAAUGCAGAAGAGGAGGAGAGCGUGGCCUAUGCCUUGACAACGGAGUGGCACUCGACAGUAGGGCGCUGCGCGGGCAGAAGACUGGUGGCGCAGUGCGGGCGGCUGUGGUUAGGCUUGGGAUGCAAAGCCGGCAGCAGGGCUGUCUGUGGGAGGCAGGGAGGCGAGUGGUGUGCGAGGCGCGGCUGGCCACGUGGGGCAGGGUGGAGAGCGCGGUACGGUAUGAAGACAACGGGCUGAUCGCGGCUGCUGCAUUUCGAGGAGAACGCAGCAGCCACGCCUUGGUGCGGGUGUGCGAGGACAGAGAGGCAUUCUCUCAAUAGCGCUUCAUUCAUCCGGACGCGGGGUCGCAUUCUCGGCUGCCGCAAGCCAAGUGGAGAUUGAAUGCUGCAGUCAGUGCCUCAGUGGUAUUGUGCUGACUGCUGGUUGCUGCUGGGUCGUGCAGCACAUGUCAUCAGGGGUCAGUGGUGCCGACCAGCAUUCCAGCAUGGGAAAGCACGCAUUGCACAUGGCGCGUCCUUUUGUGUGCCGGUGUGUCGGUGUCGCGUGACCUGCUAGCGGAUCUUCUGUGCAGUCACGCAGUGCUGCUGAGUGCUGACCACUGGCACGGACGCCAAUACGUACUGCCUCACCACUGUCCCAUCGCACACGCCAAUACGUACGCGUAGUAUGGACGGACGUACGCGUAAUAAAACUCCACGCAUGCCAUCAACGCCCAGCUGUGACCAGCACAUCUUGUAUUGAUGGACCUGCAGCCCCGUACAGCCGUAUACGUACGCAUUAGUUCCGCAACGCGCGUCAAUAACGUGUUCGUUUCCACUGAGUCC